UUUUUGUGAUCUGACUCAAGACAUUAAUUUGGAUAUAAACGCAGGUCAAAAAAAUCAAGAAGUGAUUAAUAUCCAAGAAAACGAUGAAAAGGAGGAAGAUAUAUAUUACGAAGACAAAUCAAUUGAAUAUUCAAAUUGCUGGGACUAA